UAACAGCGACGAGGGAUCUCUUAAAUAACUUCUGUGCAAGUUGUGUCAUUGCGACAAUCAAAUAACUUAUUUGGUUACAUUCACGAAACACAGCCUUUUAAUUACUGAAUUAUAAUAGACAAGGCAUUAUGACGGUGAAACCUCGUGUAAAAUUAGAUAAUGAUGACGACCCAGUUGAAACUAUGUUAAAAAAGGCCGGAUGCUUAGACUUACAUUAUAAAGUUCAGGAAUGCAUAAAUACAACCAAAGAUUGGAGGCAAUGCCAAACCGAAGUAAAUGAUUUCAAAGUUUGCAUAACAAGACAUAAGCAGGAAGAAAUGGCUAAAGCGGGAAGAUAAUAUUUUAUAUCUAUACUUACAAUAGGUGUUUCUUGUUAUAAUAUUAAUUAUUUGUUUGAAAUUGUAAAAUGUAUUAAUGAUUUAACCAUUUAACAUUACUUAGUUAAAAAAAAUAGUUUCAUACAAAUGUGUUU